AAUUAAACAUCAUAAUGGAAGUUCAAAAAAAACCUCUGAAGAUUUACAUACAAGAUAUUUUUCGCGCGAAAAAUACAAUCGAAAACAAAUACAUUUAUGAACUAUUCGGAAUGAAGUUCAAAAACAUAAUGAUUCAAGGUGUUGUUACGGAUGCUUAUAAUAAAAUGAAUAAAUCAAUUAAUUUAGAAAUAAGUGAUGCAACAGGUUCUGUUAAAGUUUAUUAUGAUUCUACGAAAAAUAAUAGUAACCUUAAUAAUGAUAUUGUAAAAGAUUUGAGUCACGAAUUACCAAAAAUAUAUGCUUACAACAAUGAUAAUUCUACAAUUAUGUCUUCCAUGUUUAACAUGAUGUUGGAAAAAAAAGAAAACGUAUUAAAUUUUGUUGAAGGAGAUUAUGUGUGUAUAGUAGGUGAUAUUUUUGUGGAAGACGUUAGUAAUAAUAGAAUGGUAUCAGCAUUUCACUGUAAUCACACAUCAAUAGAGAGAGAUAUUGUAUGGAUGGAGGAACUGAGAUACAUAUAUGAAAAAUUUUACCUUUGGAACAAAGUAUCCGAAGAAUCCAAGGCUUUACAAAAUACAUGAUAAAAUGUACAAUAAUUUGAAAUAUUCUAUGAAAUAUCUACUACUUCAUGUGUGUGA